AUGCUGGAGACCUACAGGAACCUCACUAUUAUAGGAUACAGUUGGGAAUAUCAUGAUAUUGAAGAACAAUGUGAAAGUCAUAGAAGAUAUGAAAGGCAUAAAAGAUCACAUACUGGAGAGAAACCCUAUGAAUGCAAUCAGUAUGGUAAAGCCUAUGCUCAUCACAAACACAGUCAUUUUCAAAGCCAUGAAAGAAAACAUACUGCAGAGAAACCCUAUGAAUGUAAUCAGUGUGGUAAAGCAUUUCCUUAUCUCAGUAGUCUUCAAGUACAUAAAAGAAUACAUGCUGGAGAGAAACCCUAUGAAUGUAAUCAAUGUGGUAAAGCCUUUGCAUGGCAAACUAAUCUUCAAAGGCAUAAAAGAACACAUACUGGAGAGAAACCCUAUGAAUGUAAUCAGUGUGGUAAAGCCUUUAGUCAUCACAAUGCUCUUCAAGUGCAUAAAAGAACACAUACUGGAGAGAAACCCUAUGAAUGUAAUCAAUGUGGUAAAGCCUUUACACAACACAGUCAUCUUCAAAGGCAUGAAAGAACACAUUCUGGAGAGAAGCCCUAUGAAUGUAAUCAAUGUGGUAAAGCCUUUGCUUCCUUUACUCGUCACAAUGGUCUUCAAGUGCAUAAAAGAACACAUACUGGAGAGAAACCCUAUGAAUGUGAUCAGUGUGGUAAAGCCUUUGCACAACCCAGUCAUCUUCAAAGGCAUGAAAGAACACAUACUGGAGAAAAACACUAUGAAUGUAAUGAAUGCGGUAAAGCUUUUCCUUAUCUCAGUACUCUUCAAGUACAUAAAAGAAUACAUACUGGAGAGAAAACCUAUCAUUGUAAUCAAUGUGGUAAAGCCUUUGCUCAUCAUAGUAAUCUUCUAGUACAUAAUAGAACACAUACCACAGAGAAACGCUAUGAGUGUAAUCAAUGUGGUAAAACCUUUACUGACCACAGUAAUCUUAAAGUACAUAAAAGAUCACAUACUGGAGAGAAACCCUAUGAAUGCAAUCAAUGUGGUAAAGCUUUUGUAUGUCACAAUGAACUUCAGAGGCAUGAAAGAAGACAUACUGGAGAGAAACCCUAUGAAUGUAAUCAGUGUGGUAAAGCCUUUGCACAACCCAGUCAUCUUCAAAGGCAUGAAAGAACACAUAGUGGAGAAAAACCCUAUGAAUGUAAUCAAUGUAGUAAAGCCUUUCCUUAUCUCAGUAGUCUUCAAGUACAUAAAAGAAUACAUACUGGAGAGAAAACCUAUCAUUGUAAUCAAUGUGGUAAAGCCUUUGCUCAUCACAGUAAUCUUCUAGUACAUAAAAGAACACAUACUGGAGAGAAACCCUAUGAAUGUAAUCAAUGUGGUAAACCCUUUGCUGAUCACAGUAAUUUUAAAGUACAUAAAAGAACACAUACUGGAGAGAAACCCUAUGAAUGUAAUCAAUGUGAUAAAGCCUUUGUAUUUCAUAGUGAUCUUCAAAGGCAUAAAAGAACACAUACUAGAGAGAAACCCUAUGAAUGUAAUCAAUGUGGUAAAGCCUGUGCUUGUCAUAAUGCUUUUCAAUUGCAUGAAAGAACACAUAGUGGCAAGAAACCCUAUGAAUGUAAUAGAUGUGGUAAAGUCUUUGCAUGUCGUAGUCAUCUUCAAAGGCAUAAAAGAACACAUCCUUGA